AUUCAGUUGAAUUCGCUCCACCACAUGCGAACUACGGACCUGAAGAAAUUAACUGACUUUUCAUCUGAGAUGGGAUCAUGUCUGGUUUAAUGACCUCGGAACAGGAUCAUGUCUGGUUUAAUGACCACGGAACAGGUUUCGCUGCUCACCUUAAUAGUCCAUGCAGGAGUUUGAAUAGCAGCGCCGUGCGCAACGGGGACCAGGUGCACUGAUGGCAGAUUUCAGCCUCUGAUCCGUUCGUCGAUGUUUUGGCGGAUUUACUCCACGAAAUAAUCUACUGCAGGACACUUUUGGACUCCAUGUGACAAUGAAGGGUUUCACACACAGUGUUCUCUCUUUCUGUCUGCAUCUAUCUAUAUUCAGGUGGGAUGUGAUGCCUGGUGCCACAUAAAAACUCAAAUCCCUUAAAAAGAUCCAGUUAUCCCCCACCUUCCAAACCCCAAGUUCCCUAUUAUUCAAGUUGUCCCACUCACCCCCAACCUCUAACGAUCAGCUCAAGACACCGAUAUAUUCAAACCUUUGCAAUCUUGAAUGAAAAUCAAAUAUACCUUUAAAACUCAAAAUCUGGAUAUCCCAAAAUUUUGAACCCGAUAACUCCCGUUCAUGGACACAUAGAGCCCGUCAGACUCAGACUCCGCCUCAUAUUCCGCCACCCCACGAAACGCCAGCUGUCAUGGCGUUGGAUUUGUGCCCGUUCUUCUCGACUCCACCGAAUGUCUCCAUCCCCGAGUCUCUGCUGCGCAACAGCUUUGUCCUGGGGAACGAAUCCGACGUGCACCAGAACAGAUCAGAGACCCGUGAGCCUCACCAGGACAAGACAAGCUCGGUGGUCAUCACCUUGAUCUAUUUUGUGGUGUGCACAGUGGGGCUUUGUGGCAAUGCUUUGGUCAUCUACGUCAUUCUGCGCUAUGCCAAAAUGAAGACGGUGACCAACAUCUACAUCCUGAACCUGGCAGUAGCGGACGUCCUCUGCAUGAUGAGCUUGCCUUUCAUCGCCAUGCAGCUGGCCCUGGUCCACUGGCCCUUUGGAGAAGCCUUGUGCCGGGUCAUCAUGACUGUAGAUUCUCUGAAUCAGUUCACCAGCAUCUUCUCUCUGACGGUGAUGAGUAUUGACCGAUACCUGGCUGUGGUUCACCCCAUCAAGUCCACAAAAUGGCGGAAGCCGCGCGUAGCCAAGUCCAUCAAUGUGACAGUGUGGGGCGUGUCCCUGCUGGUCAACCUGCCCACCAUGAUGUUCAGUGGACUCAACAAAGUGCCUGUGUGUGGGAUUGUGUGGCCGGAGCCGCAGGAGGUCUACUACAAAGCCUUCAUGUUCUACACCUUCUUCGUUGGCUUCGUCCUCCCCCUGGCUGUCAUAUGUCUCUGUUACCUCCUCAUUAUAGUAAAGGUGAAGUCCUCCGGCAUGCGUGUCGGGUCCGCCCAGCGGAAGCGCUCUGAGCGGAAGGUGACGCGGAUGGUGUCCAUCGUGGUAGCAGUGUUCGUCUUCUGCUGGCUUCCUUUUUACGUUUUCAACGUCACCUCCGUCACCAGCUUUAUUGAGCCCACAUCCGCCCUGAAAAGUACCUUUGACUUUGUGGUGGUGUUGGGCUAUGCUAACAGCUGUGCUAACCCCAUCCUGUAUGCCUUCCUGUCAGAAAACUUCAAGAAAAGCUUCCAGAACGUUCUGUGUCUGAAGAAGGUAGCGGGUCUGGAUGAGAUGGAGCGCAGCGACAGUAGAGUGGACAGGAGCAGGAUAGUCAACAAUGCCAACAUGGAUGCCCACAAUACUGCACUGCUCAACGGGGAGCUGCAGACCAGCAUCUGAGGAGCCAAUGAUGAAGGAUGGGAUGCAGGAUGAAGGAUGGGAUGAGGGAUGAAGGAUUGGAUGGGGGAUGAAGGAUGAGAUGAAGGAUGAAGGAUUGGAUGGGGGAUGAAGGAUGGGAUGAAGGAUUAAUAAUUGGAUGGGGGAUGAAGGAUGAGAUGAAGGAUUGGAUGGGGGAUGAAGGGUGAGAUGGGGAUGAAGGAUGAAGGAUUGGAUGGGGGAUCAAUCAAUCAAUCAAUCAAUCAAGUUACAUUUUAUACAGCGCUUUUCUGGCUGCAACAGCCACUGAAAGUGCUUUACAUUUCUGGUCAAAUCUGAAUUUCAGAUACUUGUUAUAAUAGAACACAAGCCGUUUUCUUUACAGUCGCUAUCUAUUUCGUAUGCAUAAGGCCACCGAAAUGUGAUUUACAACUAUUAACUUAUUCAUACGUGUAUUACAAAAAGAUUUGACAUGGGCCGUUUGAGACUAUUGACAUUAAGCAUUGACGUGAAGGGACGAAGGAUUGGAUGGGGGAUGAAGGAGAUCGGAUGGGGCAUGUAGGGCUUUCAGAGAGCGAUGGACUGCCAUGUCGAUUGUUGUCCAAAUAGGGAAUAAGAGGCAUAUGAUGCAAUGGUUCCUGACAAACAUCAAUAUGCGGACUAAGUCCAAAGGAAAAGUAAACUUUUUUUUUGAGGGUGAGGGGAAAACACACCGACGUACUACUCAGAGGCUCUGCUUUGUGGCUUGUGUUGGUAGAAUGACUUGGUUCUGCCAUCACAAAAUUAGAAAUAAACAUUAUGAAUGAAAAUAAAAGAUGAUCAGGACCGCUGUUUACCAGUUUAAGAAGUGUAUAUAUCCAUCACCAGAUGUGUUGAUUGAGCCAGUCUAACCAGUUGGUUGAAGGACCAGAAGACCAGCGGUGAACCUUUGGGGAGAAAGUCUGGCUGGUUUACCGCUGGUAGGAAAUGACUGUUUUUCAUUCACAUCUUCACAAAAAAGAGAGUGGACCAUAUUUCUUUCCAGGUCAAACUCUAAAGAGUGAGAAUUUGGUUUCCUGGGCAGACACUGAUGAAGGUCGAACACGGUGACUGCAGGGGGACCUGUCCACGUGUAGUUUGGAAGCAGAGGAUAAACAUAAUCCUAUAAAAUUUUUGU